AUGGAACCGCUUUAUCCUUGCCCCUAUUGCACGCACAGGGCCAGGAUACCGACUCUGCUCAAGUAUCACGUGAAGAAAGAAAAGCUUUCCUGUCCGAAUAAACACGCGCCGUUGUUGCGAAUGGACCAAAUUUCUGUGCGUUUUGUCAGGAUCAGCCUGUCGGUUCGCAAGGUCCAACUGAAACCAAUCUUAUUCUGCCCGAAUUGUGGCAAAGGACCUUUCACCUGGAAGACGAACCUGCGACGUCAUCUGAGCACUAGCUGCGGACGAUCACCCAAGUUCCACUGCGACAUAUGCGUCUUCAAGACCAGCAGAAAGGACAUUCUCCUCAGGCAUAUGAGAAAUAUGCAUCCACCCGCACUUCACGAAUUAGCAUAA